AUGAUGAGAUCUCUUUCCCUUGGCCUUCUACGUCGAUAUGACAUUCGAUACGAUCCCAAAUCUCACCGACUCCGCUGCCAAGGUCACAUUAUCAACCUUGCCGCCAAAGCUUUCCUCUUCGUUACCGAUAAUGAGAAGCUCAAAGACGACGAACGGUCCCUUGGCAAGCUCCACAACUUCGUGGUUUUCGUCCAAAGUAGUGUUCAGCGUCGCCAAAAGUUUCUGGCCAUCAGCCAUAAUCGCAAGCUUGCGCGAGAUAAUGACACGAGGUGGAGUUCGUGGUACACCAUGCUACGAGCGGCCUUGCAUCUUAGAGGCGCAGUCGAGGGAUAUUCAACAAAUGGGUGGAAGGAGAUUGUGCCGGAGACGAGCUCUCCCGAGGAGUGGGUCAUCCUCGAGAAGAUCAAGUCUUUCUUGGAGAAGCUUAAAAUGACGACAAAGGCCCUUGAGUCAUCGUUUGCAACUCUUGACAAUGUUCUCUUGGCUAUGGACUUCGUAUUGGCGCAAUUUGAAGCAGGAAAAGAGGCACAUAUCGACGAUCCGAUUAUGGCACCAAUGUAUAACUCGGGCUGGGCGAAGAUGGAUAAGUACUAUUGUCUUACUGACGAAUCGCCUGCCUACGUCGCUGCGAUUGUGCUUCACCCUUCGCAUAAAUGGCACUACAUACACGAAAACUGGAAGAAGGAGUGGGCUGACUCGUCAAAGAAGCUGAUGGAGACACUGUGGGAUGAUUAUAAACCUGUGGAGCCGCCUUCUCUAUCUGAGGUUCCGUUGACGACCACGAACGAGUUCUUGAAUUGGAGAAACAAGCACCUACAACCAGCACUUAUCACAGACGAGUACGAGCGAUAUUCAAAAGAACUACCCAUACCUGAGCAAAAUGGCGGUGGAUAUACUGUCAAUUCCCGCAAUGUCUGCUGA